AUCGUCCCGUACUGCACGAUCAGAACGGAAGUCUACCACUGUCCACCAUUCCUUAGCUACACUCCUUCUCAACUUACGGUCUUACUAUCAUGUCCAAAACGCUCAGCAACGGAACGCUCAGUUUGCGUUUUAUGCAAAAUGCUCGACGAGCGAAGCAACAGGCACAAGUAGAAGCGGAACAAGCGAAAAUCAAAGACGAGGCUGAAUGGGAAGUUUCUCAAGUGGUAAAGGAGGCAUGGGGGAUAGGGUCGAGUUCACAAAUACGGUAUGUUCCGUCCUUGAAUUGGUUCUUUGUCAAUAUUCCACUCUUUUUAACGAGUUUGCUCAGGACAAGUGCCAUUACACACGAGGCGUCCUACCUGCCUUUCCUAUUCUCACCUACGGCAGAUGACCAAGGCGAUUCGUCUACUCAGGCUGCUUCAGUUAGUGUACCCAAACUCAAAGGUCGCCGUACAUUUAAUGCCCGUGGCCAAGAGGUCAUAUCGGAAGCUAAAGCGGAGGUGAAGGAGGAAGGCCAGGAACGUGAUCAAGACCCGAAAGAUGCUUCCAAACCUACCAAGCGACCUAGGACUAUCUCCGGAUUCCAAGCUCCCAUCUCGAUCACGAAAACCAAAGACUCGAAACGAACUAAAACGGCACAAAUGCUCAUUCGGGAAGAUACAGGCAAAGGGCUACGAGCACCUCCACCUCUACAGAUGUUCGGAGGCUCUUCCAGGCCACAAUCUACGUCUUCUGAGACUGGGUUCUUGAAACCAUCCGGCGUUGACUCGCCUUCGGCAUCUCGUCAGAAUGGGUUCUCAAACCCAUCUAGCUCGAUGCAAAAACGAAGCAGGGAGACCGAAGAUCCUACCGUAAAGGAGGAGAAGCGGCGCAACAAAAAGAAGAAAGAAGCGUCUUCUUAGACUGCUUUGCGGUUUGUUGAACGCUCUUAUCAUGGGUGCCUUUAUGUUAUGCCCGCGGACUGUCCGCAAGGCCAAUACCCCUUUGAGGCAUUUGUCUGGAUAGCCGCGUCCAUUGGGAAUCAGGUACGUUAUGUUUUAUAUGCGUCUAUCGCAUUGAAGACGUUGAUUGGCCACCAAAUCCUUUACUUACCUCAUUAUCAAAGUGUCAGCCUACACGCUGUGUUCUCCCGCUCCCUAGGCAGACAGUCUCCUGACCGUUCAGGCGUCCGGUCUCAUCCGCAUUGAUUCGAUUUCCCAGGCGCUCCGUCGUUGUGUACAGUACCACACACCCAUGGAAGAUUGUAUACCAGGUGUAUUGGCUUGCAGGUAUUGUAUUGUAUCAUCCAUACUCUGGAUUGGGUACCAGUGUGUAGCGCGUGACCAUAGUUUUGAACUUAUGAAGAGCUUCUAGGGUGGGCAUCGAGGGCCUUGAGGAAACCUUGGUCACUUCUUUUUUCACAUGGCUAUCCCCCCUCAAAGUCCACAAUAUUAACCCUUUGAAAUGAAGCAGAGAAAACUGGGUGAAUAGCUGGGUGACGUAUUUCAGUUCUGCAAUACUAUUGGCCGCUUCUUUGAUGAGGCAGCUAUUGAAUUCUUU